UUACAAUGGCGGAUCUUAAUGCUGUGACAAGGAGUUGAACCAUCUCCUUAGGAAGUUUUUGGAUAAGAGAAAGUCUAACAGGAGCAAGAUAGAGACAGAUAAAGGAGCAGUUGAAUGAGAAGAACACAAGAGACUUUGCAUAAAAGUCUUUAUUUAAAGUCUCUAAACUCAGCCAUUGUAAUAGAUCAUGCCUGUCUUAGCAAUGCUGUCUGGCUACAACUGGUUCCCUGGUCAUAUGGCGAGAGGAAUGAAAGAUGCUCUGAGGAAAGUACAAAAAUGUCACCUCGUCAUAGAAGUACACGAUGCAAGGAUCCCACUAACAGGUCGAAACGAAAAACUUAAAUUUUCCAAGCACAAGAAAAUACUAGUAUUGAACAAGUAUGAUUUGACCGAUCCAAAAGGUAUGAAACUUUAUAAUGAAAAUGACGAUAGUGUUCCCGUGAUCCUGACAAACUGCAGGGGACGGAACCAAAUCUCUGGUAACAUCACUGCUCUUCAAAAAGCCAUUAUAAAGCUAACUAAAGAUGACGAUAUAAAGAAUGGCGUUAAAGUAAUGAUUGUUGGUAUGCCCAAUGUUGGUAAGUCUUCAUUGAUAAACGCACUAAGGAGACUCUCCCCUGGUAUUGGUAGCCCCAAAGCAGCUCCCAUUAGUUCCAGGCCGGGAUAUACUAAGACUGUCAGUACUUUUAUAAAGAUCAGUACCGACCCACUCAUAAAACUGUUGGAUACUCCUGGUAUAAUGAUACCGAAUAUUAAAGAUGAGGAAAUGGCUCUUAAACUAGCAGCUGUAGGAACACUAGAUCAUCGAUUUGUUGGUGAAGUUAAUAUAGCGGCAUACAUACUGAAGAUGUUAAAUGAACAAAAAUUGUAUCAAUACGUCAAGAAAUAUAACCUUGAAGGACCUUGCCAUGACACUGAUGAACUGCUGCACAAUGUUGGACAAAGAAUAGGAGCUUUAUUGAAAGGAGGUUUUGUUGAUGAAGGAAGAUCAGCAACUCACUUUAUCAAGAACUUCAGAGAAGGACAGUUUGGACGAAUAAUGCUUGACAGAAUCAGUGAGGUUGAGAAUUAAUGAUUAUUAAUUAUUAUAUAAAGUAAAUUAUUGACAUAAAACAAUAAUGUGGUUA